AUGGCUUCCUUUAGAAAGGUAACUGCUAUUAUCCUCUACAUCGUGCUGCAAUUUGUAUUUCAAUCUGGAGCCCAACUUUCGCUUACAGCAUUAUUCAGUGCAAAACGAUCAACGGAUGUAGAUAUCUGGUAUACAAAUAUUCUAAUACUUUUACUUGUCCCUGAGGUAGUUAUUUGUCUUCGAGAUAUUUGGAUGUCUAACGUUAUUGCAGACAGCAGGUACAGGGAAUGGCCACAAUUGAAAAUAGUUUUUAUGGGCCUAAUUAUGUCUAUAACGGAUGCAAUGGCGCUAACUUACCUUACAAGUGAAGCAUUUCCAAAGCUGCCACCAUUUUUAAUACCUUCCAUUCUUUGUGUUGGAAUAUCACCUAUCAUACCCCAGGAGCGAGUAAGUUCUGAUACAAAAAUGGACACUUGUUCGGGUUGGACUAAGCGAGGAGUCAUUCCAUUCAUUCAAACGUUCCUUGUGAUUGUCUUAUCAACAUUAUGUGUGUUUAGCAACAUACUUAGUAUUAAGCAGGCAUCUUUCUUCGGACUUUCUCUAUUGGAAAUAAAUUUAAUACGCUAUAUACCUUUGCAAAAAUACAUAGUGGGUGCAGAUACAAAUCAGGCACAAAAUGCUAGGCUCUUGUAUCGGGUUCUGCACAUGACAGUAAUUUUACUGACCACGUGGAUAGGGUACAGUUAUAGCACAGAAAGAGAGAACAGAUUUAUGUCAUUCAACAACAUUUCGAAUGAAAAUUCUUCAUAUUUUGUGUAUACUGUAUCAGUAUUUGUGUUGUUACUGCAAAUGGAAUCAUUUAUACCGACUGUAACUACAAGAAUUGCAAUGUUAUCAAUAUUGAUUUGUUUUUGUGGCACUUUAACUGUAACCAUCCUUGCAUUGUAUAUAAAUGUUCACAAAGACGACCUGGGAUUGUUUGCUUCCAUAAGUGCCUUCCAUGUGUCUCAUUCAGUUUAUCACAUAGGUCUGUACUCAGUGACUUGCGUUUCAGUGCUUUUGUUUUAUUUUUCUAGUUUUUAUAAUAUCCAGGAGGAGACAGAAUCUCUUAAUAGUAAGCUAACUAUGACAAUAUAUGACAAUGUAUUCGUUUGUCAAAAUUUACUGCGAAAAUCUCUUUCUAAAAUUGCAAACUUGAGAUUAUUUGAUGAAAGUAACAUUCGAAUAUUCUUGUGUACAACAAUGUAUCAAGAAUCAGCUCAUGAAAUGAGUAGACUUUUACGCAGCUUAAAAAAUAUUUCCAAUUCCAAAAAAAUCCAAAAAAGGAAUAUACAUAUUGAAUCACACAUUUUUCUCGAUAAUGGGGCUAGUGGGAGAGAUGUCAAGGAAUUUGGAAUACAGCUUUUAUGUCUAAUAGAAGAAACAUUUAUGAUGGAAGAAAGAUAUGGAAUCAUGAUUCAUACACCUUACGGGAUAAAAUUAUCAUGGACGGUACCGGGAGAAAUGCCAUUAUUUUUACAUUUGAAGGACAAUAGCCUCGUGAAAGGAAAGAAAAGAUGGAGUCAGGUCAUGUAUAUGAGAUAUAUUAUGAGUUACAGGGCAAACUUUCAUAAAAUGUAUCACAAAACCAUACAUCCAUCCGGUUCCAACUUUAAUGAGCUUUCCGACUUUGUUAAUGUAAGUGUAGGUACUUCAAUAUAUGAACAAGAAAAGCAGACAGACAAAGAUAUCUUAGAUGUGAAUGUACCUACGGUAACCUUUGAAACCUCCAGUAAAACAUCAUCAUUCAGCGAUCUGACCACAGUAACAAAUCUGGAAGAACUUGAGAGUAGAAGGAAAGAAUCUGAAAAAGAGUCAGACGCAAUUGAAAUUGAUUUUCCAAACGAUACCAAAUCAGAGAUAACCCUGCGAGUUCCCCGUUUGCAUUUCAAAACAAAAAAUAGGAGAUCUUCAUUCGACCACAGUUUUAUCUCGUUAGAAAAUCUUCAGGACAAGAAUACUAUAAACAACCUACAGUAUGCGUAUGAUACAGAUUUGCAAAAUGGAGAUUUACCGUACAAUUUUUCUGGAGCGAAAUUCCGCUCUUCUUCAUUCAAUGAUAUUGAGUUCGAAUACCAUAAACACCAAAGAAAGGAUCAAAAUAAAAAACACGCAAGUACUCUUGAGGACGAAAAAUAUCAUGACUUUAUUUUAGCAACAGAUGCAGACAUGGCUUUUGACGAUGAAAGUGUUCUCAAUCUUUUGGACACUAUGGAAGAGGAUGAAAAGAUAGGAGGAGUUUGUGGUCGGACAUUUCCAAUUGGUAUUCACAGACAUCCAGUCGUUUGGCUACAGAUGUUUGAUUAUGCAAAAGAUUUCUGGAUGAUCAAAAGUGCGCAGAACAUCAUCGGAUCUGUUAUGUGCUGUCCUGGAUGUUUUAGUCUAUAUCGCUUUGAAGCUAUUAGAGACGUCAUUGAAACCUUUUCCGAACCUACAAAAUCAAUUCUGGAUGUCUUUACUAAAGAUAAUGGGGAGGACCGAUGGAUGUGUACCUUAAUGAUGAAGGAAGGAUGGAACCUAAGAUAUUCAUAUCAUGGGAAAAAUACAACGUUUUGUCCGGAGGAAACAGAGGAAUUUAUGAAGCAAAGAAGGCGCUGGCUUUUAUCUGACUUUGCCAACGCUGCAGUGGUUGCGAGAAAUUUACCACAACUGAUGAGAAACAGCACAGCCUUCACCUUGCUGUAUACCUUGUAUAUACUACAGCUAUUUGUUGUAAUGGUCUUGUAUCCUGGAUCUACAAUAAUGAUGCUUGCGCUAGGAUUUGAACUUGUCACCAGCUGCCCACUUCUGGCUAAUGCUGCUCUACUUUCCCUCGCCUGCCUGCUUUACUGUAUUCUUCAAAUAAGUUCUUGGGACACCCAUAAAAAGCUGAUAGUGAGCAAAAUUCUAAUUUUGCUUUUCGGCUUUCUGACUGUAUAUGUUUUUAUUGCAACCAGCGUGCUUAUUGUGGAGGAUAUUAGAGAAGAUAUCCAGUUUGGGAAAAUAACCCACAUCGAAAACUUGGUAUUGGUUGGAGUGGUAGUAGUGUAUCUUUAUUCAUCUUUAUUGCAUCCUCUGGAGCUUCACUUGUUGUCCACAGGAAUCGUAUACCUUUUCUACCUCCCUUUAUUGAAUAUUCUACUUCCGCUUUACGCUGUCUGCAAUAUCGUAGACCAGACUUGGGGAACCAGAGAUGAUCAAAAGGCAUCUGUUCCGAAGAUUUUACGGCUGCCAAAGUUUAAGAAGCGGAAGAAGAGAACUAGCAUGAAAUUCCGGAGUAAUUCUUACGAGAGUCUGAGUUCCUCUGCUAUAGAUCUACAAGAUAUCAGUGAGGACGAAACAACAUUUUGGCAAAACCUUGUCAGUGAAAGCAUCGGCGUUAACAUAAACACUGGAAUAACGCAAGAAGAGCGAAACACGGGUCUCCGAUCUCUCCGGAACAAGACCUUGGCUGGAUACCUGUCACUUAACUUGCUGUGGGUUGCGUUGCUGACUGGAUUCUAUGCAUUUUUGACAAAGUAUUUCACAGACAAACUGGUGUACGGAAUCGUGGUGUUGUGCCUUCUUGGGAUUUCAGCAUUAGUCCAGUUGCUAGGAAUGACUGUGUACAGGCUUAGCGAUUGCUUUUCUCGUGUUGCACGUCUGAUAUCGUAGACAGCUGCAAUU